AUGAAAGAGAAACGUCUCGCAUGAGGAGGCUUUAACCGGUGAACCAGCAAUGACAGAGCACUUAAACCGUCACGGAAUUUGUAGUCAUUUUAAAACAAAAUGAAGAAUGUCUCGAAUUUGCUCUCAUUGCUCAUGUAUUUUCUCGCGUAUGGUGUUGAUUCAGAGGGAGCCACAGUGUCUGUGAUGGAGGGAGAUUCAGUCACUUUAAAAUAUCUUAUAAACCAACAAGAAGACAUUAUGUGGUAUUUUAAUAACAUUUCCAUCGCAGAAAUCACUGGAGAUCUCAGUAAGAUCUGUACAGAUAUUCGGUGUGAUAAUCGUGCUGGGAGAUUCAGAGAGAGACUGAAGCUGGAUCAUCAGACUGGAUCUCUGACCAUCAUGAACACUAGAACCACAGACUCUGGACUCUAUGAUGUAUGGAUCUCCAGCAAAAAUCGCGGCGGUGGAGGAUCCUACUCUGUUGUUGUUCAUGGUGUGUCUGGUGUUGAUAAAGAUGAAGUGUCAUUGAUGGAAGAAGAUUCAAUCACUCUACACACUGGUGUUAAAACAAACCAACAAGAAAAAAUUAAAUGGUAUUUUAAUGACAUUCGAAUAGCUCAAAUCAGUGUAGACCAGAGUAAGAUCUGUACAGAUGUUCAGUGUAAAAAAGGUGAUGAGAGAUUCAGAGGCAGGUUGAAGCUGGACAAACAGACUGGAUCUCUGACCAUCAUGAACAUCAGGACCUCAGAUGCUGGACUUUAUAGACUACAGAUCAUCAACAGCAGAAGCAGCAACAUGAAGAGAUUCAGCGUUGCUGUCGCUAAUUCAUCUGGUGUUGGUACAGAUGAGGUGUCAGCAUCUGUGAUGGAGGGAGAUUUAAUCAUUCUAAAUACUAAUGUUAAAACAAACCUACAAGAAAGGAUUAAAUGGUUUUUUAAAGGCAUCCGCAUAGCUCGAAUCAAUGGAGAUCUCAGUAAUAUCUGUACAGGUGUUCAGUGUAAUAAAGGUACUGAGAGAUUCAAAGACAGACUGAAGCUGGAUCAUCAGACUGGAUCUCUGACCAUCAUGAACAUCAGCACCACAGACUCAGGACUUUAUGAACUAGAGAUCAUCAGCAACAGGAUCAGCAUCAUGAAGCACUUCAGUGUUGUUGUUCAAGGAGUUUCUGCUGCUGAUCGAGAUAAAAUGAGAAGAAAGUCAGUGAAGGAGGGAGAAUCUGUCACUUUAGAAUUUGGUGAGAUAAAAAAAACUAAUCAUUCGAUGGCGUGGUAUUUUAAUGACACUCUCAUCGCUGAAAUCAGUGAAGAUUCAAGUGAAAUCUGUACAGAUGAUCAGUGUAAAGAGAGAUUUAGAGACAGACUGAAGCUGGAUCAUCAGACUGGAUCUCUGAACAUCACGAACACCAGAACCACAGACUCUGGACUUUAUCAACUACGAAUCAGCAGAAUCAGAUUCACCAUCAUUAGGAGCUUCAUUGUUACUGUCACUGCUGUUCUAGCAGGAAUAUAUGCUGCUGUUGCUGUUGCUGUUGUUGUUGUUCUGCUGCUCGUUGCUGCUGCUGCUGCUGUUGUGAUGUUCAGGCGCCAUGCUAGAAUGAGAG